CCGAGGCCUUAGCUGGGGCUCCUCGGCCUCCUCCGGCUGCUGCCUCUGCUGCUGCCUCCUCCUUCCCCACCUCCUCCGUCCGGGGAGAGACCGCGGGGCCCGAGGGGCGGCGGCAGCGGCGGCAGCGCUAUGGAGCCGGGGCCGGGUGGCCGAGGCGCAGCGCGCGGACAGCGGCCCCCGAACGCCGCGCAGCCCCGGGAGCAGGAGCGGAAGCUGGAGCAGGAGAAGCUGUCCGGGGUGGUGAAGAGCGUCCACCGGCGGCUCCGCAAGAAGUACCGCGAAGUGGGAGACUUUGAUAAGAUUUGGCGAGAACACUGUGAAGAUGCAGAAACACUUUGUGAAUAUGCUGUUGCAAUGAAAAAUUUGGCAGAUAAUCACUGGGCAAAAACUUGCGAGGGUGAAGGUCGCAUUGAAUGGUGUUGUAGUGUAUGCAGAGAGUAUUUCCAAAAUGGUGGGAAGAGAAAAGCACUUGAGAAAGAUGAAAAACGAGCUGUCCUCGCCACUAAGACCACUCCAGCCUUAAACGCGCACGAGUCUUCUAAACUUGAAGGUCCUUUAACAAACCUCAGCUUUACAAGCCCUGAGUUUAUAACUGAGUUGCUUCAGGCCUCAGGAAAGAUAAGAUUACUUGACGUUGGCAGCUGCUUUAAUCCGUUUUUGAAGUUUGAAGAAUUUCUAACUGUUGGCAUAGAUAUUGUACCUGCUGUAGAGAGUGUGUAUAAGUGUGACUUCCUGAACUUGCAGCUGCAGCAGCCGCUCCAACUUGCACAAGACGCUAUAGACGCUUUUCUGAAGCAACUGAAAAAUCCUAUUGAUUCUCUUCCAGGAGAACUUUUUCAUGUGGUUGUUUUCUCUCUCCUCCUUUCCUAUUUUCCAUCACCCUACCAGCGAUGGAUUUGCUGCAAGAAAGCCCAUGAGCUGUUAGUGCUGAACGGCUUACUGCUCAUCAUCACCCCCGACUCCUCCCACCAGAACCGGCACGCUAUGAUGAUGAAGAGCUGGAAGAUUGCUAUAGAAUCCCUGGGCUUUAAGCGCUUCAAGUAUUCAAAAUUUUCUCAUAUGCAUCUCAUGGCUUUUAGAAAAACCUCCCUUAAAACCACGAGUGACUUGGUUAGUAGGAACUAUCCAGGGAUGUUAUAUAUUCCUCAAGAUUUCAACAGUGUAGAAGAUGAGGAGUAUUCUAACCCUUCCUGCUAUGUCCGAUCAGAUAUAGAAGAUGAACAACUAGCGUACGGUUUCACAGAGCUCCCUGAUGCUCCUUAUGAUUCAGAUUCUGGAGAAAGUCAAGCCAGCUCUAUCCCAUUCUAUGAGCUAGAGGAUCCCAUCUUACUUUUAAGCUAAUGUAAAAGCAAAAAGUCCUUCCAUUCCAGAUUCCUAAACUAAAUGCUUACACUAAUCAGAAUACUAACAUGAACUCAGUAUUUAAAGCCUGGUUUGCAUAGAAGAAAUGCAAACGUUUACAGAGUUUGCUAUUUUUUCUACUUCUGGAUUUCAAAAUUUAUUCUUAUAGGAAGCUUAAAGUUUGAUGCAGAGUGACUUCUGUCUUAGCAGAGACCACUGUUACUUUAGCAUUUUGCAUUAAGAUUAAAAAGGUACCUUCUUCUCUUUAGUGCUGGUGUAAAGCCUAAUUUACUAUGUGUUUCCCUAUUCAGUUUAGUGUUGACUUUACGUCCUGUUCUGAGAAACCUUAAGAUGUGUAGAAAGCCGUAGAUUGCACUUUGAUGACUCACAAGGUGAAUAUUUCACACAUAGGUUGGUGUAGUUGUUUGUGGUGCACCUGUCUUUUCCUUAAAUUGUUACCUUUACAGAAUACAGUCUCCACUCAGUUUCAUCUAACAAUCUAAAGUUUUACUCCUGAACUUUUUGAAAUUGGUGACAAGUUUUUAUAUUAAGCUCAUUCGGAAACAUUAGACAUCAGAAGAGAUAUUUCCCAAAGAAUGUAUUCUAAUUAACAUAGCAAACACCAUUGCCAAAGUAGUAUUUCUAUGACGUUCUUACUAAUUUAGGCUUUGGUGUUCAGUAUAUUUACCUGUGAAAGCUAAUUUUUAUUUUUUUAAAACUUGGACUGCAUUGACAGAGUGUUCUGUUUAAGCCAGAAGCAGUGUAUGAUACUCAGUACUGACCUGGGACACCUUUGUGAAAGGUUUGCACUUGUACAAGUUUAUAUUCUGCUGUGACCAACUCUGAUAGGGUCCUCACCUGUCCUUUAAGGCGGUGCUGCACUACAAGUUUGGAAUUACAUUAACAUUUUGAAAUUAACCCUCUACUGAUAAUCUCAUAAAAUGGUCUUGACCUUUUGUUAUCCUAAUUCUUUCUAAGCCCUAGCAGAAAAUUUUCUUUGACUAUAUAAACAAUUAGUUGGCUGUGGGAAUUUCCCUUUCCACAUUGAUAAAUGCCUUUCUGUGUUUCUGAAUCAGAAGCAAAUGAUUAACUAGAAAUAUAUGUCCAAACAAGACAAAACAGUUAAGAACAUUUAGUACACAUUGUCUUGUCUAUGCCAGCAAUUGUCAUGUGUCAUGUAAACUAUCAUUUUAAAGAGUGCCACUGUGUGGAUUUUUUUCAAGUGGUUAUUACAUUAAAAUUACCUCAUACUGAGGUUUUUGCACUGAAAUAUCACAGUUUCAGAUUUCAUGGUUAAUGUUGUAUGAGUGGGUAUGUAUGUGUGUGUUGUGUGUGUGCCUAUGUAUUUUUAAAAGAAACUUGCAUUUUCAAUAGUUGAUCCUAAAUUUCAUAAACUGUACUUCUUUACUCUGGUAAAAUGGAUGUUUUGUGCUUAUUGUGAAUUGCUAUAGUUAACUUUGAAUGUCAAAUUUUAUUUAGAAAUACAUAAGCUUACACUUUAUGUGUUCAUUGUAUGUAUCCAAUAUUUCAUGUUCAGUUUCACAUGCUAAAUUAAUGACAGUAACUUGAUUAUAACUAACAUUAGAAAAGUCAGUUGUCUAAAUGCAAUAAACAUUAGUUGUUCAAAUAUGCCAUAAGUAACUUGAAAAUUUUCAUUUAUUUUUAGUAGCGCACAGUCCCAUCAUUAUUAGAAUUUCUUUUCAUUUAGGCACUACAGGAUAAUGGUUUAAAACUCCCUCAAAAGGAAAAAAAAAAAAAAAAAGGACAAAAGACUGAAGAGACACUGUGUUCAGGAUAAAACAAAACUAUGUUCUAGUAACAUCUCUUUUACCACACUGUUUCACUGUUUUCUUGUUUGUUUUGUUAAUGCUUAAAAUCCUAAGAGCAAAGGAAACAAUACACCAAAUGAAAUUGCUUUGGAAGAAAAUGAAACAGUACUUUGGAAGGUUGGUCUAGGUAUCACCUUUGAGACAACUUUUAUGUCACAGCAAAAAUGUUGGUGCUAUAAAUUCUUCUGAUUGUUUACUGAUAUUGAGUCUGCUUUUGGUCCAAGGUAUGCAUGAUAUAUGUUAAGUAGUACUUAAAAAUAUCUCUUUAUAAGAACUACUACUUAGUAUAAAUUGAUUUGAUUUGAUGUUAUUUUUACUGUAAACUCAGCUUACUCAAAUUAGAACUUACACCAAUACAUAUUCCACAAGGCCAGUUCAAUGUGUAAGUGUUGAAAUAUAAGCAGUCAUUGUGGGUUGAGGUCAGAUAAUAUAAGUAAUAACCAGUGAAGUUAAUAGGUCCUUCAGAUAUUGUAUAGGUACGCUAAAAUUAUUUCAUCUGGAUAUCGACAAUUUAAGGGACUUCCUUUCAUAUUCACACCAUUUCUCCAAAAUAACUUGGUAUUUCAAAAACUUGGUAAUUGGGCUGAGUGAUGGUAGCUUAACCUUUUUAAUCCCAGCACUUGGGAGGCAGAAGCAGGUGGAUCUCUAUGACUUCGAGGCUAGCCUGGUCUUCAAAGCAAGUUCUGGGACAGUCAAGGCUACCCAAAGAAACCCUGACUCAAAAAACCAAAAAGAAAAAAAAAAGAAAAAGAAAAGAAAAAGAAAGAAAGAAAGAAGCCAGAAGAUAAUCAUGUGGUUGGUGGGACUCUUCGUGAUCAUGAACAGAUCAUGUGGUUUCACCGCAGUUGCAAAGUGGGGAGGUCGCGUACCUGAAAAUGUACGUUUGUGUUUGAUGUAUUUUUUCACAUUUUGUGAACAAAGCACAUUUAUUAAAAAAUUUAAAUUUUCUAA